CUCCGGGUUAAAGAUCUCUCUCGUCUCCCUGUCAUGGCGUGUAUAAAAUAGCCCACAUCGCCCUCCACAUGCCUCCUCUUCUCUUUGCUUUGCUUGCUUUCCUGUUCUUCUUGCAUUAUUUCCCUCCACCUCCUUCCUCGCAUCCAGCCGCAAAGCUUUCUCUUCUCCUCCUUUGACUUGCCCGCAAGAAGAGCCAGCCGAUCGAUCGCCAUGCGUGUGCAGUGCGACGUGUGCGGCCUCGAGCCGGCCGCCGUGCUCUGCUGCGCCGACGAGGCCGCGCUCUGCUCCCCCUGCAACCGCCGCGUCCACCGCGCCAACAAGCUCGCCGGCAAGCACCGCCGCCUCACCCUCCUCCAGCUCGAUGCUGCAGGCGACGCCGCCACCGGGCCGCUCUGCGACGUCUGCAAGGAGAGGAGGGGGCUCGUGUUCUGCGUGGAGGACCGGGCGAUCCUGUGCGCCGACUGCGACGAGCCCAUCCACAGCGCCAACGACCUCACGGCCAAGCACAGCCGCUUCCUCCUCGUCGGGGCCAAGCUCUCCGCCGACCCCGUGGACCAGGAGAUCCCCUCCCCGGACGAGAGCUCCGACGAGCAGGACGACUGCUCGGCCUCGGCCGCCGAGGAAGCCCCUGCAGUUCAUGACGCCAGCCACACCGGGGGAGGAGGUGGAGGAGGAGGAAGCAGCAUCUCAGACUACCUCACCAACAUCUGCCCAGGCUGGCGCGUCGACGACAUCCUCUUCGACGACGCCGCCUUCGUCGCCAAGCAGAAGGGGCGCGACGAGCAGGUGCCGUUCCUGGACGCCGACCUGUUCGACGUGAUCGCCGCCGAGCGUCCCGGGAAGCGCGGCGCAUGGGCGCCCCACGUGCCGCAUACGCCGGCGCCGGCCUGGGGCCUAGAGGAGGUUCCAGCGGCGGCGAGGGCCAAACAGGGGCACGCGCGGGAGUGGUACCACAGCGACAGCGACGUGUUCGCCGUGCCGGAGAUCUCGACGCCGCCGGCCAAGCGGGCGCGGCCGUCGUCGUUCUGGUGCAUGUGAACCAGCCAGCGUGGGUGUCAAUCGCUCACGCCGUCGCAGCAACCGAUCGGUCCAUCACUAGUGUAAUCUUUGCUCGUUGUAGCUUUGGUGUGACUGGAGUAGUACGGAACUCUAGUAGCGCGCGCAUCUAUGGUAGUAGUAAUAUGCUGUUAUGUACUACUACAUAAGAAUGAGAUGUUGUCGACUUGUCGUAUCAUAAAUAAGUAGAGAAUGUAUGGUCAUCUCCUUCAA